UACCUGUACCCCGCACACUGACUCAGUACCUGUACCCCCACACUGACUCAGUACCUGUACCCCCGCACCCUGACUCAGUGCCUGUACCCCGCACCCUGACUCAGUACCUGUACCCCCGCACCCUGACUCAUGCCGGGUGCCCCCGCACCCUGACUCAGUACCUGUACCCCCGCACCCUGACUCAGUACCUGUACCCCGCACCCCUGACUCAGUACCCGGUGCCCCCGCACCUGACUCAGUACCGGUACCCCCGCACACUGACUCAGUACCUUACCGUACCCCCGCACCCUGACUCAGUACCUGUACCCCCGCACCCUGACUCAGUACCGGUGCCCCCGCACCCUGACUCAGUGCCGUGCCCCCGCACCCUGACUCAGUACCGGUACCCCGCACCCCUGACUCAGUACCUGUACCCCCGCACCCUGACUCAGUACCGUACCUGUACCCCCGCACCCCUGACUCAGUACCUGUACCCCCGCACCCUGACUCAGUACCUGUACCCCCGCACCCUGACUCAUACCGGUACCCCCACCCUGACUCAGUACCUGUACCCCCGCACCCUGACUCAGUACCGUGCCCAUCACCCUGACUCAGUGCCGGUUGCCCCGCACACUGACUCAGUACCUGUACCCUGUAUAUGCCCCGCACCUGACUCAGUACCUGUACCCCCGCACCCUGACUCAGUGCCGGUACCCCCGCACCCUGACUCAGUGCCUGUACCCCGCACCCUGACUCAGUGCCCGGUGCCCCCCGCACCUGACUCAGUGCCGGUGCCCCCGCACCCAGGCUCAGUGCCGGUGCCCCCGCACCUGACUCAGUGCCUGUGCCCCCCGCCUGACUCAGUGCACCGGUGCCCCCGCACCCUGACUCAUACCUGUACCCGCACCCUGACUCAGUACCUGUACCCCCGCACCCCUGACUCAGCACCGGACCCCCGCACCCUGACUCAGUGCCUGUACCCCGCACCUGACUCAGUGCCGGUGCCCCCGCACCCCUGA